CAAUUUCUCAUCUCGAAAAAAUUGUUUCUGCAAUUGAAAUAGUGGGGAAGGAGGCCUUAUCACUUGAAGAUGAGAUGAGUAUAAGCCUUAAGAUUUCUCAUGCUCUAUUGGCCCUUCACUUGGAUAUUUGUGGAUAACAGCCCUUUUCUUAGUUUCUCUCUUCCCCCUCCUCCGUUUUGUUCUUAUUAUGCUUUUCCUUAUAAAACUAGUCCAAAUAUCUAACACAAAUAUCUCACAGCCUUGACACUUUUUUUGCAUUCCUCUCUUUUUGUCAAAAUGUUCCAUGAACAUCAAUUCCCUUGUUUGCAUUGCCAGCCACAUGACUACAUUAGAAUGGUUCAACAUAUGAUAGAGAGGUGCCUGCUUUUUCACAUGAGCAGAGAUGACUGUGUCAAAGCACUUGAAAAGCAUGCUGAGAUUGAACCAAUCAUCACCCUAACAGUUUGGAAAGAGUUGCUUAAAGAGAACAAGGCCUUCUUUCAACAGUAUUUCCAGGCUAUCUCCCGGGCAGUUCAGCAAUAGUUCCACUCAAAGGAUGGCUACUUUCGGAAGAAGAAAGCAUUGGCGUUGAUUCAAAGAGCUAAAAGAUCAUCAAAAUCCUAUGAAUGAACUUCUAGUUAAAGACCUAGUUAGAAACUUAAUAAAAGUGACCAGGAACUUGACUUGAGAGACCUCUGGUGCAGCCUUCAGAGUGCAAAAUACACGUAUAAUAAUUUACUAGGUUCUUUCUGCUUUUAGACCCUGAUAAAGAUUGUAAGUCCCUGAUAUUUCAAGCAUAUAUUCACCAUGUGAUCAAG